ACCCCCAAAUAAAACCCAAGCAGGCUUUGCACAUCCCUUCGAAAAAAACACUGGCAACAUAUUUUAUUUCGCCUGCCCAAACGCAGCCGACGAACGCAAAAACGCGCGCACAACUACAAGGACAACAGCUGCAGCAACAAGGACAGCAAUCAGUAAUUAUACAUUUUUGACCAGCUGCCGGAAUAACUAAAUCGAAGCUGCGAAAAUGGAUGACUCACGCGAAGAAAGCCAGUUCAUUGUGGACGACGUGAGCAAGACUAUUAAGGAGGCCAUCGAGACGACCAUCGGUGGAAACGCCUAUCAGCACGACAAGGUGAACAACUGGACCGGCCAGGUGGUGGAGAACUGCCUCACAGUCCUCACCAAGGAGCAGAAGCCCUACAAGUACAUUGUGACCGCUAUGAUCAUGCAGAAGAAUGGAGCAGGACUGCACACCGCUAGCUCCUGUUAUUGGAACAAUGACACCGAUGGAUCCUGCACUGUGCGCUGGGAGAACAAAACCAUGUAUUGCAUCGUUUCUGUCUUCGGACUGGCCGUUUAGAGUUGGAUUAGGAUUCCGAAGACUCGGGACCGGAGGACUUCUAACUCGGGAAAUCACCCGGGACUUGAGGUCGAUAAUUGAAACUAACUGAUAAGGGGGAGGGAUUAACAAGAUUGCCGUCGUACACACAUCCACACAACACGAAAACCACACGAACUUUGGUCGGCCAUCCUGCUGCAAGGACGAAAUUAAUUAUGAACACUGGAAAACAAUAUUGUUUCCAAGCAACUAUUCGUUGCCAGUGUACACGCCCAAUGUUAUUCUUGAUUUUCAGACUAAAAGCCUAAAUAAAUAAUGUAAAAACAGAUAACUCUGUAAUUUAGUGAUACAAAAUAGCCUGGAUAUAUCAAUUUAGUUAAAACUGUUGGUGGCGCAAUCAUAUAAUAUUGGUAAAACUAGGUAGGAUUGCUUGAAUUGUAAAUCAAUAGUUUUCAUGGCAGCUAUUCUUAUUUAAAGUCGAUUAAAUUUAACAUUUCAAAUAAGUAAGAAACAAAUACCACGAAAAUAUUCAUUCUGCAAGUGUAAGCGCCUUAUCUUAUCUUGGUUUUUGUUCAAAAAGUAAAUAAAGUAAGAAAAAGAAGAAUAA